AUAAAUUUUUACACUCUUUCUUUUCGAAUUGAUUGCGUUGGUGAGUCGUUGUUUCGGUAGGAAUUACCAAAAAUGACUGAAACUUUGAAGCUAAGGGGAACUUUAUGCGGUCACAAUGGCUGGGUUACGCAAAUUGCGACUAAUCCUAAAUAUCCCGACAUGAUUUUAUCUUCAUCUCGAGAUAAAACCCUAAUCGUGUGGAAAUUGACCAGGGACGAAAUCAAUUACGGUGUACCACAGAAACGUUUAUAUGGUCACUCUCAUUUCAUUUCUGAUGUGGUACUGUCCAGCGAUGGAAAUUAUGCUCUAUCUGGUUCUUGGGAUAAAACUCUGCGCCUCUGGGAUCUGGCUGCCGGAAGAACCACUAGGCGUUUUGAAGACCAUACUAAGGAUGUCCUUUCUGUGGCCUUCUCUGUUGACAAUCGUCAGAUUGUCUCUGGUUCCCGUGACAAGACCAUCAAGCUGUGGAACACUCUAGCCGAGUGCAAGUACACUAUCCAAGAUGAUGGCCACACAGACUGGGUGUCAUGUGUCCGAUUUUCUCCUAACCAUGCCAAUCCCAUCAUUGUAUCUGCUGGGUGGGACCGCACUGUUAAGGUCUGGCAUCUUACCAACUGCAAGCUGAAGAUCAACCACCUUGGCCACUCUGGUUACCUGAACACUGUAACUGUUUCUCCUGAUGGCUCACUAUGUGCCUCCGGAGGCAAGGACAUGAAGGCAAUGCUGUGGGAUCUGAAUGAUGGCAAGCACCUCCACACCUUGGACCAUAAUGAUAUCAUCACAGCCCUUUGCUUCUCACCCAACAGAUAUUGGUUGUGUGCAGCAUUUGGACCUUCCAUUAAGAUUUGGGAUUUGGAGAGCAAGGAAAUGGUUGAGGAGCUGAGACCUGAAAUCAUUAACCAAACUCAAACUAAGUCAGACCCUCCACAGUGCCUGUCCCUUGCAUGGUCGACUGAUGGUCAAACUCUGUUUGCUGGUUAUUCAGAUAACAUCAUCAGAGUCUGGCAGGUGUCUGUUUCUGCACGAUAAGAUACCUACCAAAAGGAGUUUCAUUUAUUUUUGUUCUAUAUUUAUUGUGAGGAUAAAAAUAAAUGGAAUUGUAUUCACUA